GGAAACUGCGCUGUGAGGCGGGGCGAUGGGGAAGGGCCGAAGCCCCCCCCGGCCCAGCUGAAGCAGACGGCUCGCGCUGCGACCCGAAGGCUCCUUCUGAGGACUGGCAGUCUGGAGACCUGGCAGAGGCUGCCAAACCUUUUAUGGAUGGAGCUCAGGUGAACUGUCGGUCCAACAAGCAGGUAACCCAGGAAGGAGAGAGGGAUCUGCUCACAGACACUGACUAAGCAUGUCUGAGAAGGAGGGCAGAACAGCUGAGGAGCAUUCUGGGGUCUCCUGCCAGGUGAGCAGCGGCCACAGCCUGGCCUUCGCUUCCUUUGACUGCCGUUCUUGGGUCUUCCUGAAACCCUGCAAGCACUGGGAACUCUUAUGGUGGCCCUGCCCAGAUCCACCCCAGAGCCACACUCACCAGGUGUCCUGUGUGAGUUACUGGCAUUCCCGCAACUCUGAGAGAGCAGCCAGGGCUGCUUUCCUGUAAAUCUCUUCACAAAUCAAGAGCGAAAGCCGAGUUCUGAGAGAUCCUGUUUGUGGAAGAAACAAGGUGCCUGGCCUGCCCCCUGGUGGAAUGACACGUGAGAAACUGGUCUGGUGGCUGCUUCUGAGUCCUGUGAUAGGAGGGGCACACUUCCCUUUCCUGGUUCUCCUGCAGCCGAUCGGGGUUAUUUUCCAUGCUGUGUAUUACCUUUAAAAAGAAACCUCCAGGUCAGGUGUGGUGGCUGGCACCUGUAAUCUCAGCUCAUUGUUUAUGGUGCCAACCUGAAUCUUGGGGAGGCCAAGGAGUAGGUGACUUGGAACCCUGAUGGUCAGUGUCGGGGGCAGGGAAAGCUUAUAAAGUCCUAGUGUGUUUACAGAAGCUUGCUGCAUUCCUGAGAGUGAAGUUAGUUUAGUGCAUGGGGCAGACGUCCAGUGGGAAGUGAGCCUUGUGACCCUAAUAUGGCCCGAAUCUGCUCCCUAAAGAGAGAGACUUGGUAAAUUAUCUUUACCAGGUGUUACCCAAGCCUGUCAGCACUCCCCACCAGUAAGCCUUGUGUCGGGUCAGGGCAGGGGCCCUAGUGGCAGCGAGUGCUGAGAUCAGUGGGCUCAGUAGCGGGAACACAAGUGCCCCCUUGCGAUGUCUGGAGGAAGCGGCGCGGACACAGUCUCCCGCUCCACCGUCUCCGGCCUGAAGAGGCCGCUGAGCGCUCGCGAUUACUGCGGCAUCAGGUGGGACCGCAAGGCCAUCAACCUGCAGGUGAAGCUCGAGGCGCUGUGGCACUUUGAAGCCAGAGAGAAGCUCAGUAGAAUCGGGAAGGCCCUGGGGCUGUCCGCCUCCACCUUGGCCACCAUUCGUGACAACAAGGAAAAGAUCUGGGCGAGUUCCCAGGAGGCCACACUGCAGGCGGCCACCAAGUUGACGCGUGCGGAUGGAGGACCAGAGCCAAAGCAACGUGCCCCUCAGUGUGGUGCUCAUUCAGGAGAAAGCCCACAGCCCGUUCGAGAACCGCAAGCAGGAGCAGGGCGAGGGCGCCUAGCCCGAGAGCUUCGGGGCUGGUUGAGGGUGAUUCACUGGCUUCAAGGCGCGCCACAGCUUGAGCAGCAUCGGGGCCAGCGGCCGCGCCGCAGGUGCGGACCUGGAGGCUGCGCACAAGAACCCAGCGCUAAUGCGCAGGGCGAUCCCGGAGGGCGGCCACACACCCUGGCUGGUGUUCACCAUGGAUAAGCCCAGGUUCCUUUGUAAGCGCCUGCCGAGAGGACGUUCAUUUUCCUGUGGAAGGUGAGUCGGCCCCUCCUGACCCUAUUGCUCGGUGGCAACGCGGCCGGCGACUUCAAGCUGAAGUCCCUGCUGGGGUACCCCUUGGAGAACCCGUGUUUCCUCAAGGGCGCCUCCAAGGCCAAGCUGCCCUUGGUGUGGUGCUCGCACAAGAAAGCCUGGGUACAGCCUGGGUGACAGAGCGAGACUCCGUCUCAAAAAAAAAAA